AUGUCCGCACUCCACAGUGGCUUAACCGAUUCCAAUAAGCAGCGCCUCUCGACGAAACGGUUACCCAUUUUGGAAACUAGACAUCUUCACGAUUUCAAUACUUGUUUCGGGAUAGCCGCUCACCAUGCAUCGCCCCCACCGGUGCCCAAAAAGCCCAACUGGAUUGGCACUCUAUCAUUGGGCCAGAAAAAGGCAAUGUCUAUAUGUUGCAACUCUGCAAUAGCCAUGGCGGAUCGGGACUUGUACACAGUUGGAUGGAUUUGUGCUAUCCACACCGAACUCGUCGCAGCGUUGGCAUUGUUGGACGAAAGGCAUGACUGCCCGAAAGAGCUGGAUCCAAACGACUCCAACAACUAUGAGCUCGGCAAGAUCUCCAACCAUUACGUCACAAUUGCUUGUCUACCCGACGGCGAACAUGGAAUAGCUGCUGCUGCUGGCGCUGCGAUCAAUCUAUUACGGAGCUUUCCCAACAUCCGCUUUGGAUUAAUGGUAGGCACCGGAGGAGGUGCUCCAACAAGCCAUCACGAUAUAAGACUCGGCGAUGUAGUUGUCAGUACACCUGGAGACGGCAAAGGGGGAGUCUUUCAAUACGAUUUUGGUAAAACUAUGCAGAACCAAGCUUUUGUUGAAACUGGCUUCUUGGAUCAGCCUCCAAGGUUGCUACGAACAGCAGUAGCCGGGCUUAAGGCUUCCUACGAAAUGGAUGGCCAUACGCUUACUGAAGAGGUCAACAACGCCCUCCAAAGAAAACCACGACUCAAAAAGACAUACAGUCGUCCACAGACUGGCGAUAUACUAUAUAAAUCCACCUUUACACACAUAUCUAGACAAUGGGAAGCCUGCGAGGCAUGUGACGACGAUCCUUCCAACUAUAUAUCACGACGUCCGCGAGAUGAGAACGACGACGAUCCUACUAUUCAUUAUGGAUUAAUUGCCUCCGCCAAUCAACGUUUGACCGACCAAAUGAGCGAGCUUACUUUCAACACCGAUAAAAUCGCCCAUAAACUUGACCUUGCAAAACUGUCAAUUGCCGAGGGUGCAGAGUAUGGUUCAUACGCGGACCAGCACGAGAAUGAAUGCCUUCAAGGAACUCGGACCAAGAUUCUCCAUGAUAUUGAUGAGUGGGCCACAUCAUUAUCGAGAAAAUGCAUAUUCUGGUUAAAUGGAAUGGCAGGUACCGGAAAAUCUACGAUAUCCAGAACAAUAGCGAAAACUCUUCGAGGAAAAGAUUUAUUAGGCGCUUCGUUCUUUUUUAAAAAGGGUGAAGCGGACCGCGGAAACGCUACGCGUUUUUUCUCGACCAUCGCUUCACAACUCCAAACUAGGGUUCCUGGAAUGGCCGAUCAUCUAAGAAAGGUCAUCGAUUCUGAAUCUCAAAUAUCGACUAAAUCACUUAAGGAGCAGUUUAAAAGGCUUAUUUUAGAACCAAUAUCCAGUUUGAAGGCUGCUAACAACCAGCCUUCAUUUUUGGUGGUGGUGGUUGAUGCCUUGGAUGAGUGCGAUAAUGACAAAGAUAUUAAAGUCAUACUUGAUCUGAUUCCACAGCUACAAGCAAGCAGUUCUGUACACUUCCGAGUAUUCAUCACCAGCCGGCCAGAACUACCUAUUCGACUUGGAUUUAAAAAAAUGGAAGAGAACGAUUAUCAGGAUCUCAUUCUUCAUCAGAUCCCUAAAGACGAUAUUGAAUAUGACAUUCAAUUUUUCCUAAAAUCCAGGCUUGCUGAAAUUCGCGAAUCCAGGAUGCUACCAGAAGAAUGGCCUGGUGAGACAAACAUUCACACUCUUACCACAAUUUCCAUUCCUUUAUUUAUCUUUGCCGCUACCAUGUGUCGUGUUUUUGAAGACCAUGACAUGGACCCUCGGAAGUGCUUGGAAGAUUAUCUGAAGCAUGAGGCCGAAGACUCUAAACUGGACGCGAUAUACCUUCCAGUGCUGAACCGAAUAUGUACGAAGUACAGCGACACUGACGGACGGAAAGACCAGUUCAUUGAAGAUGUCAGGGAGGUUGUUAGUGCGGUUAUGCUUCUCGAGAGUCCUUUAUCAAUUACCAAGCUCUCAGUGCUCAUGGGUAUUCCAACUAAGGCAAUCAACUCCAGGCUGAAUUCCCUACACUCAGUGUUGAAUGUCCCGAAAGACGAAAAUAAGCCGAUAAGACUCUUCCAUCUGUCAUUUCGUGACUUCUUAUUAGAUCAUAAAACUCCAGCGAAAACGGCGAUCUGGAUAGAUAAGAAAGCAACAAACCAAAAGUUAGCUAUACAGUGUCUCAACAUCAUGCGCACUCAUUUAAAGAAGAACCUCUGCAAUCUACCAAACUACGCCGUUAGCUCCAAUAAUAUACCUGAUGAAACCGUUAGCCAACAUUUAUCACAGCCGUUGGAGUACUCGUGCCGUUACUGGGUUGAGCACUUGGUCCAAGGUCAAGGCCCAGUAGAAGAUUCCCAAUCUUUUCUGGAAAUCCACUUACUGCAUUGGGUGGAGGCAAUGGCCAUCUUGAAAUGCGUACCAGAACUCAUUAAGGCGUUAACAUAUUUGCAGUUGUUUAUACAGGAUAAUGGCGACGAUCAAGUUUCGGAAUUCCUUCUUGACGCUAUACGAUACGUUCUUAGAAACGAAAGAAUGAUAAAGAAGAGACCUCUCCAGCUUUACGUUUCGGGAUUGAUAUUUGCCCCUGCAGUUUACUGGGGUGCAGAAUUGGGAGAGCUCCAGAACUCUUUCGACCCCGUCUGCUCGGCAAUUUCCUCUACUGGCUGCGUACUUGCGGCCGGGUUUUCAAAUAUGACUAUGCGGUUCUGGGACACUAUCACAGGCAACUUAAUAACCGGGUGGAGGGCUGGUGAAUCCGACCGGAUCCCCUGGAUCCAAGCCAUCGCCUUCUCUUCAGACGAUAAAUUGCUCGCAGUCUGUUUAGGUGGCUCAGGAAAAUUACAAAUAUGUGAUUCUACCAAAGGUACCUUGCAUAGCACCUUCGAUGAGGAUGUGGGCCGGGUCACCUCUCUGGUCUUCACUGAUGGCGGUCAAGUACUUGCGUCACCAUCCAAGUCUUGGGACUUUUUGACUUGGGAUCAUGCUACAGGCAUUCAACGGCACUUGCUUACGAGACGCCUCUCGGAAGAUGCCCAUGUCGCACUAUCGCCUACCGGCUUACUAUUGGCAGCUUUUGGUUGUUAUCAAACAGAAAUUGAGUUAUGGAAUCUCGCCACUUGUAGCUGGCAAUGUAGACUGGCGGGCCAUGCCAUGUUCGUUUCAUGUAUAACGUUUUCUACAGAUGGUCGAUUAAUAGCGUCCGGUGACAGAGAUGGCACCAUAAUUAUUUGGGAUGUUGCCACAGGCGUCCAACGGCAGCACAUAACGAAUCGUCUAGGAUCAGUUUUCGGUAUAUCUUUCUCACCAGAAGGGCAACGGCUGGCGUUAUUGUUUAAGAGGCAGGGGUCUAUUGUUGUUUGGGAUCUCAGCGAAAACCGUUCGAUCCAAAUUUUAGGGGAUAAAUCCCGGGCAAGGCGUGAUGUUCUCUUUUAUAGAGACAAUAAAACCCUGGCAUCUAUUGGCGGACUCGAACCUAUCAGGCUCUGGGAUGCUACUGAUGUAUCACAAAAAAGUCGACAACCACAUGCUUCUCAGGUCAAAUCGGUCGUCUUUUCUCCUGAUGGUCAGCUUCUAGCCACUGUGUGUCGAAGAGUCCUCAUCUGGAUGGUUACCAGCGAAAGCAUAAUUCAAAAUCUAGGGGAUAUAUACCACGGUAAUAUUUUGACCUUCUCACCAUCCAAUACGCUAUUGGCUUUCAGUUCUUCCCCUACAGUCAUCAAGUUAUGGAAUAUCAACACAGAGAUGCAACAAUCUAGCAUUGAUGCUUUUGGCGAAGUUCGUUGUAUCGCUUUUUCAUCAGAUGAUCAGCUUGUAGCAUGUCUGGUUGACCUUCAAGACAUCAACGUUUGGGAUCUCACUACCGGUACAUUGAGGAAUAUCAUAAGCGAUUUCCAGUACGACCCGCACAUUCGCUCGAUCAACUUUUCCUUCAACAGCGAGUACUUAGCUACCUAUACGCUAUUCCCUCAUCCUGACCAACCAAAGUGGCUGAUUAAGGCCUUUCGUUUAGUCAAUACAGAUAUAGCGGAUUUUUAUUUCUGGGCUCCUGAUGCAAAAGCUCACUUCAGUCGUGAUCAUGUUAACAGGGUUCAUGACGUCCCUGUAUUCGAAUUUGGGACUCCACAAGUUGAUUUGAACGGAGUCAUGGUAUCCGAAGGGAAUGAUGAACGGACGAAUGACGUGCAAACCCGAUUGGUAGUAUAUGGCGAGUGGCUCUAUUAUCAGGGCGAAAAAGUGGUAUGGCUUCCUGAUAGCCGUCGAGCGAGCUGUUGGGCCUCUAAUAAUAAAACUAUUGCCAUUGGGCAUGAUUCUGGAGGUGUUACGAUUAUCAAGAUUUCGCCGCAAUCUGGUCGCGGUGAGUUUCAUAAUAUUUGA